UUCAACCCUGCCCCCGUUGUGAACGGGACUUUUAUUUUAGCAUCCGAGCGCGGUGACGUCAUAAACCCGCGACGCACUUCUACUGCUCUCUUGUGAUCCAGCUGAAGAAAGAGAAAUCCUUCUGGUGAAGCAAGAUGGCGUCUAUUAAACAGGAGAGUGAAGACUUGAGGAUUGCAGAAGUAUUCAGCUUGAAACGUGAAGAGACUGAAGAACAAACAGAAUCGAUGGCAAUAAAAGAAGAGAAGCAAGAACUGAAAGAAACAGAAGAGAAAGAUCAAAUUGAGAAACAUGAUUUCUUAGCUGAAGAAAAAUCCAUACUGACUGAAACUAACUCUUUUCAGAAGACCACAUGUCCCAGUUACUUAACUUGCCAUGAAUGUGGAAAGUGUUUCACACAAAAAAAAAACCUUAAUGCGCACAUGAAAAUUCACACUAGAGAGAAGAUCUUCACAUGUGAUCAGUGUGGAAAGUGUUUUACUAAAAAAGGAAAUCUUAAUAAUCAUGUAACCACUCACACUGGAGGGAAGCCGUUCAAUUGUGAUCAGUGUGGAAAGAGUUUCAGAUAUAAAGAAACACUUAAAACCCACAUGAGAGUUCACACUGGAGAAAAUCUGUUCACAUGCCAACACUGUGGAAAGAGUUUCACGCUAAAAGGAAACCUUAAUGAACACAUCAAAAUUCACACGGGAGAAAAGCCGUUCACAUGCCAACACUGUGGAGUGAGUUUCACUACAAAGGGAAACCUUAACGAACACAUCAAAACUCACACCAGAGAGAAGCCGUUCACAUGCCAACACUGUGGAAAGAGUUUCAAACUAAAAGGAAGCCUUGAUGAACAUGUAAUCAUUCACACUGGAGAGAAGCCGUUCAUAUGUGAUCACUGUGGAAAGUGUUUUGCUAAAAAAAGAAAUCUUAAUAAACACGUAACCCUUCACACUGGAGGGAAGCCGUUCACUUGUGUUCAGUGUGGAAAGAGUUUCAGAUAUAAAAAAACACUUGAAUCCCACAUGAGAGAUCACACUGGAGGGAAGCCGUUCACUUGUGAUCACUGUGGAAAGAGUUUCACUAAAAAAGGAAAUCUUAAUGAACAUGUAACCGUUCACACUGGAGGGAAGCCGUUCAGUUGUGUUCAGUGUGGAAAGAGUUUUAGAUAUAAAAAAACGCUUAAAUCCCACAUGAGAGUACACACUGGAGAGAAGCUGUUCACAUGCCAACACUGUGGAAAGAGUUUCACGUUAAAAGGAAACCUUAAUGAACACAUCAAAAUUCAUACCGGAGAGAAGCUAUUCACAUGCCAACACUGUGGAAAGAGUUUUGUUAAAAAAGGAGGCCUUGAUCAACACAUAAUCAUUCAUUCAGAGAAGCCAUUCCCAUGUGAUCAAUGCGGAAAUAGCUACAAAUAUGAAGAAAGCCUCAAGUUCCACAUGAGAGUUCACACUGGAGAAAAGAGAGAACAUUCAAGAGAGAAUGGUUUUAUUUGUGAUCAGUGUGGAGAGAGUUUCAGCUGUAAAGUGAGCCUCUACACUCAUGUGAGACUUCAUACUACAGAGAAGGCUUUCACCUGCAAACUAUGCGGGGAUAGCUUCUCACAAAAUGGUAAUCUUAAGUCACACAUGAGAAUUCACAGUGGAGAGAAGAAUUUUAGUGUGUAAAGAGUUUCAGACAUAACCCUUGAUUCACACAUGAAAAGUCCUAAUAAUUGUAAACUGUAGGAUCAUAGAAACAUGUUAUUCACUACUAUAUGGUGAUACGAUUGGUGUGAAAUGAAGGUGACAUUCAACUGAAGUUGACUGAUUGUUGAAACUGAUUGUCCACGUUUAUAACCAUUUGCAUUCUUUGUAUCUUUAUUACUUUUUUGGGGCUUUUUUUUAAAUCUUUAUAUCUUGUGUGAAUGAAUUUCUGUGGCUGCACCUGACCAUCUGCUUUGCUAUAGCUCAGUUCUAAAUUUGUUUGUGUAUUUAUUUAUUUAUUUAUUUUUUAUUACACAUUUAAGUACUGAGUUAUACCAAUAAACCACAUGUAGUUAAUAUAUGGUUAGGGUUUGGUUUAGGAUUGCUUGCAUGUAAUCAUGCAUAAUGUACUGUUAUUAUAUUAGUGAGAAUAUGUAACAAGGCCACCUUGAAGUGUUACUUUUUUUGUCCCAAGGUCCACCUUUGUGAUUAUGAAAUUUAUUUUUGAAACUUUGCAGGUUUUUAUAUUCACACACAGCAUUAUUGCACUCUGAAAUCUUAGAUCUAAAAAAAUACAUUAUUGACUUCUGUCUGUCUGAGACAUGCUGCAAUGUAAAUGAAAGAUUUUAAAUAAACAGGAUGUGAGUAAAAUAAUAAA